GAACAUGAAAGUCCAUUACACGACUAUCUGGAAGUGACAGAAAUCCCAAAGAAUGCCAACGGCGCGGAGACUAUAAAUUUCAACUUGAUCCUCUCGUCGUCAGCCAGUCGAAAGAUUGGAACAAGAUGGUGUGGUCUUGGCUCUCAACGGGAAGCAAGUCGCAUGGGGACAUGUCCGUACAGACACUUAGAUGCCAAGGUCUGUUGAUAUGCUCUAAUCCACUGUGCGCAGUACCACAACGGGUUAUCGCGCGGUCGAGGACGACGAAAUUUGAGGCGCAAGUGUCCAAAGCGUGUGGCAAAUGCCAGAGUUCUAUGAACCACAUACAAUGUGCUGCUAGGCGGCGUCAAUCGUUCCGUUUUGAUGGUCAGCAGAAAGUCCUCGUCGAGCUUGAAGGCAGGCAUUCUCAUGCAGUGCCUCCGAAUACUGUGAUGAAAGAGGAUGAGAAGGCCCAACUCCUAGCUAUGUUGCAAGCCAACCCAGGCAAAUCGGCCACGCAGCUGAAGUUCAACGCCGGCACUUGCCCCGAGUCAGGCAAGACCUUGAGCGCCCUCAGUAUACACCCGGGCUUGGGCAAUAGGAACGUCCUACGGUAUCAAGCACGCAAAUUGGAUCCAGGCGGCAUGUUUGGAGGGUCACAUGGUGGCAAUUCGUUUCUCAGAGAGCUGGUCAAUUUGACAGAAGCAUUUCCCGCUACUUUUGUGGAGGGUUCCUGCUUCUUCCGACCGACUAGAUGCGUUGUUAUUCAAAGUCCCGAUAUGAAGGAGGCAGUUUUUGCUGGCUGUUCUAUUGAGAACAAUCAGGGCGGAUACAUUUCUGACGCAGCUCACGGCUUCUUUCGCGAUGCUCUUUUGAUGGUCACUUGCGCCUUUGUUCCCAUCAUGUAGCGAUGGACACCGGUCGUACUUAGCUGGAUGCAAGAU